AUGGCCACCAUUACCACAUAUAAUACGGAGAUUUGCAGUGUUGAACCAUCCGCCUUUAAAUUUACUCUUGAAAAUAUCGAAGAUCCACAAUUUGAAACAAACGACCAGAAUGCACGUAAUGUGCUUUCAAGAGCUGCAUCACUUUUGUGCUCGGGAGAAGUCGUAGCCAUACCCACAGAAACGGUUUAUGGGCUAGCUGCGAACGCGCUUAGUUCACAAGGAGUUGGAAAAAUUUAUUCGACAAAAAAUCGACCAGCAGAUAAUCCACUAAUUGUGCAUAUUUCUUCACUGAAAAUGUUGCGCUCAAUUCUUCAAAAUGGACAAGAUAUACCAGCAAUUUACCUUCCACUUAUAAAGAAAUUUUGGCCUGGGCCUUUAACGAUACUUUUACCAAAAUCCAAUAUUAUACCUAACGAAGUCACUUGCAAUCAAAACACUGUUGCUAUUCGAUUUCCAUCUCACCCAAUCGCUCGUGCAUUAAUAACGGAAUGCGGGUUUCCCCUCGCAGCACCUUCCGCAAAUAUUUCUGGUCGACCUUCACCAACUUUAGGUAUACAUGUGCUCAAUGAUCUUGAUCGAAAAAUACCAAUGAUAAUUGACGGAGGUCAAUGUAAUUCAGGUGUAGAAUCUACGGUGCUUGAUGCGAUAAGUAAUCCCAAACAGCCAGUUAUUUUAAGACCAGGUGGAAUUACUUUCGAAGAUUUAGUUGUGAUGCCAGGGAUGAGUGAAUUAAAAGUGUACAAAAAAGAUUUUGUAGAUAAGAAUCUUGAAAGGGCACCAACUACCCCUGGAAUGAAAUAUAAACAUUAUUCACCAGACGCUAAAGUUAUUCUAAUUGAUGCAAUAAAAGAGGAAAAAAAAAUGCAAAUGGUCAUUGAGAGAGAAAUCAACGAAAUUAGAAAAGAAACCGGUAAAAAGCGAAUCGGACUAUUGAAAACUACUUUGAAGAAUCUUCCAACUGAAAUUGCUUAUUAUGCUUUCAUGAAUUAUAUUGAGAUUAACAAGAAUGACAAAAUCAUUAACUUUCAUCUAAAUUGUGCAAAUUAUGCUGAGGUUAACAAUCAUAAUAUUUUAAUUGAUUCUGCUAUUAUUAAAGAUAUGGAUUUGAUUUUUUAUCGUUUAGGUGAUUCGAUUAAGCACCCGGAAGAAAUUGCUCGCGAGCUAUUUAAAAGCAUGAGAUAUUUAGAUGAGUUAAAAGUAGACUAUAUAAUAGUAGAAGGAAUAUCUGAAAAGAAAGAAGGCCUAGCCAUAAUGAAUAGCCUGCCUGCUAUUGUCGACGAUAUGCGUACUUUAAGCGAUAUCAAGUUAAAUAUCGCAGAAGGCGCGGGCAAGACCGAUUAUUACGCACGGAAAAGACUUGUCGUUCAGGCCAAAAAUAAGUAUAAUUCGCCGAAAUAUCGAUUGGUGGUUCGAUUUACGAAUAAAGAUAUUGUUGUGCAGAUAAUUUAUGCAAAAUUACAGGGAGAUUUCGUGCUUGCUGCGGCUAAUUCACAUGAAUUGCCAAAAUAUGGUAUUAAAGUUGGACUAACAAAUUGGGCAGCAGCAUACGCCACAGGCUUGCUUGCUGCUCGACGUGUUUUAACGAACUUAAAGUUAGCCGACAAGUACGAAGGCGUCGUAGAACCAGACGGCACCAUCGCGCCAAUCCAACCACUUGAAGACGCACCGCGUCCAUUCAAAGCAUACCUGGACGUUGGUUUAAAACGCACAUCUACCGGCUCAAAAGUAUUUGCCGUGACGAAAGGUGCUUCUGAUGGUGGUAUUUUUAUUCCGCACUCGGAGAAUCGAUUCCCCGGCUACAGUGCCGAAACGAAAUCACUCGAUUCUGAAGUGCUACGAAAAUAUAUUUAUGGGGGGCAUGUGGCCGAUUAUAUGCGACUGCUGCAAGAGGAGGACGACGAUCGUUAUAAGCGUCAGUUCUCGCAGUUUAUUGAGAAGGGUGUUACAGCUGAUGAUUUAGAAGAUGUCUAUAAGAAUGCGCAUGCUAAGAUUAGGGCUGAUCCGUCGUUUACUCCCACUAAUAAAACGAAAGAUUACAAGACAGCGUUUGCUAAGUACCAUAAAAAACGGUUGAAUCUCAAACAACGUCGUAAUAAAGUUCAACAAAAGAUUGCGUCAUUUAAACGUGCACAAGCGGCCGAGGAGGAAGAAUAA